CUUCUGUAAAGAAAUGGCUGUGGAUGUUCUCACCAGCAACCUUUCGCGGCAACCAAAAGAACGAAUUUUCCAAAACGCGUUUUUGACCUCCUCGUGAUCGUCAACAUCGCCAUAACCCCUUUUCUUUCUUCUCCCAAUUGCCCUCUUCUGCCUCUCAGCAAUGGCGGCAACGUCGAUUUACACCUGCGUUGAAUGCGGGACCAACUUGGACCUUAACCCGGCCCAUCUCUACCCACCAGACUUCUACUUCGAGGCAGGAAACAAGGGCACCCUCUCCUUCUCCGCUGUCGACUCCACCAAAUUCAGGUUCGAGAAGGAGGACAAGAUCAGGCCGUUCUUCGAGACCCUCAAUUACUGGGGAAUCCAGAGGAAGCGAACCAAGAUCUUGUGCAAAAGUUGUGGGAGGGUCGUGGGCUAUGUCUACGACGAUGGGCCUCCUCUCACUGAUAGUCCGGGGCAGUUCCACUUCGGGCCCAGCCAGGUGAUCCCUAGGGCUCCGAGGUUCCGGUUCAAGACCAAAGCUUUACGUGUUGCUUCCGAAACUUGAAGUCUGGGGAUUUGGGGUUUUCGGGUUUUGAACUCUGAAAGGGGAUUUUUGUGAAUUUUCUGAUAUAGUUAUAUAUGUUUGAUUAUUAGAUUGUCCGAUUGGAUCUGUAGAAUGACGUGCUGUCGAUUAUAUACUGUGUUAUGCAUACAUGAAACAAUAAAAGUUCUCUGUUUCGUUC